AUGCCCAACCCGUCGCCCUCGCCUGCCCCGGCUGCAGAGGCCGAAGAAGAGGAUACCCCGGUCAACGAGGCUGAGGGCUACGACGAGCCCUCUGCAGAGCCAAAUCCCGAGCGGUGGCUUGGGCAGGGAAGCGUUCACGGUUGGAGGAUUCUGCUGGAAGACCUGACGGGGGAAGAUAUCGUCGGCCGUGAAGGAGGAAACUCGCCCGUCUUGGAGGUUGCGGAUUUCCUCCAGAACAGCCUGGGCGUAUUACCCAAACUCCGACUCCUGUCUGGCUCUCUUAUGAAUUGCAUCUGUAUCAUCGGGCUCCUUGGAUUCCUCUUUGGAGUCCUCCUCGGAUUCUUCGGGAGUUCCAGGGUGAUAUGGCUCGUCCGUGAACUUCAUGUCCAAUCCAGGAAUAUGGGGACAGCAAUUCUUUAG